AUGUCACAUAGUCAGAAUCAAAUUAAUUACAAGAAAUUAGCAGACCAAUCGUCUUCAGCAGUAAACACUAAUCCAGACAUCUCAACACCGAGUACCCAAGGGUUCAGGUCUGCACCAAGUUCAUUUGAUAUCGCCAUGCCAGCUCAAAUACAGACAAACUUUAUUGCUCCUAUCCAGGAGUACCCUCAUCAAUUCAACCCCUCAAUGAACCCACAAUCUCAACAGUUUCAAUUACAACAAGUGGGGAUGAAUUUAAUGCAACAACAAGAAGCUCCACAAUUGACAAUACACAAUACCCUUGGUCUUCAACAACAGAUAGCAAUGACGAAUGAAAGUUACAACUUGCAAACACAACCUAAUGCGCACGUUCCUGACGCUUAUAUUUAUGGCAUACAGUCCAAUGUACUUGCGCAAAAUGUCAAUGGCGUUUCAUCCCACAGUCAAUCAUUUUCACUGAGUAUUCCUUUGGAUAAGGUCUCAAUUAAAGCUCAUGAAAGUCAAAGGACGCAACUGACUCCUUCGCUUCGACCAGGAUAUCUACCACAAUUUACAUCAACCGUGUCAGAAUAUUCGCAGAUUGGAGCACCACAUACUUCUGAAACCCAGCGUGUAUCAUCCACAUUAACAAUUCCCAAAUCAAAUUGCACCAAAAGUACAAAUAGUGCUCCACUUCAAUCAGAAAAUGACUACCCAUCAGGAUCCUCCUCGUCAUCGCCAUUGAUGCAACCACCAUCGCGUGGCAAAAGACAACGCAAACACCUGUCAACCCUGCAUGAAAUGACACCAGAGACAGCAUUACGCAACAGGUGUCGAAUAUGUAAUAAACAAUUCAAAAGACCCUCGUCGCUUCAAACUCACUACUAUUCCCAUACUGGGGAAAAGAUAUUCAGAUGCCCUUGGCAAGGAUGUGGGAAAAUGUUUAGUGUUAAAUCAAACAUGACGAGACACUACCGAUUACAUGAACGAGAUUCAAGACGAGCACAAGAGUUGGAAUUUCAAAAUAGGAACCCAGAGCUAAUGCGAGCAUUAGGACUUUCAUCUAGUUCAAGCACUGUACGACAAUAUUUUCAGCCUGCCCUACAUCACCCAAUGCAACACCAACUGCAAACACCACCACAACAACUUCAACAGGAUGUAGCUACAUUUGGCACAGCUCAAGCGCAACCACGAGAUAUGAAUCAACUUGACCUCUUACAUCGAACUCAUUAUCAAUCUUAUUCGCCUUUGUCGUCGCAAAUUCCUUCUUUAAUGCAAGCUCAAUACAUGCUCAACCCUUUGGUAGUUGAUACAAAUGGGCAAACUGAACAGUUGAGAGUAUCAGAAGUACAGCAGUCACCGGUACAAACAAUAAAUUCUAGAUUACAGUAG